AGUGUAUUGCAUUGAAUGAAUUUUGAAGGAAUUAUGGCAUGCCCUUUCAAGCUGUCCAAAGACAACAUUGAACUACAGUUUGCCACCAAUCACAUAGGGCAUUUUCUUUUGACAAAUCUUUUGUUGGAUACUAUGAAGAAAACAACACGUGAAAGUAAAAAAGAAGGAAGAAUUGUUAAUGUUGCCUCAGAGGCUCACAGGUUUGCAUAUCCCGAAGGAAUCCGUUUUGACAAAAUCAAUGACCAAUCAAGUUAUAACAACUGGCGUGCAUAUGGGCAAUCCAAGCUUGCUAACGUUUUACAUGCCAACCAACUUACAAAACAUCUCAAGGAAGAUGGUGUGAAUAUUACUGCAAAUUCUCUUCAUCCAGGAACAAUUGUCACCAACCUUUUCCGUCAUAACAGUGCAGUGAACGUCAGUGGAGAUCCUUGGUCAAUUAUUGGAAAUGAAACGAAUAUUAAUGUUGAAACGGAUCGUACGUCUAUCUUUGAACGUAACAAGAUUGCACUCCGAUUAGAGGUGUUAUGCGACAAUACCUGCCCCGCUGAUGGUGUUGGCGUUUAUAACCCUGGCUUCUGGGGCAUGAAUAUUGAGCAAGGGAAGAAAUAUAAAGUUGUUUUCUAUGCUCGUUCAACUGGGCCACUUAAUCUAGCAGUUUCGUUCACUGGACCUAACGGCGUGGGAAACCUCGCUUCAACCGUGAUCACGGGUUCUGCAUCUGAUUUUUCAAACUGGACCAAGGUUGAGGCUGUAUUGGAGGCCAAGGCAACGAGUCGAAACUCGAGACUUCAAUUAACGACAACUGCAAAGGGUGUAAUAUGGUUGGACCAAGUGUCUGCUAUGCCAGUGGACACAUAUAAGGGACAUGGUUUCCGAAGUGAUCUUUUUCAAAUGCUGCUAGAUAUGAAACCAAGUUUUAUCAGAUUUCCAGGUGGUUGUUUUGUCGAAGGCGAGGCUUUAAGAAAUGCAUUUCGAUGGAAAGCUUCAGUUGGACCUUGGGAGGAGAGACCAGGGCACUUCGGUGAUGUAUGGAAGUACUGGACUGAUGAUGGAAUUCAAGUUGUUCUAACAUUGAAACCGGGUUUUGAGUCAUUAUUUGCAAAAUAUGGAUUAAGUUUGUCAAGGAUACGUGGACAAGGCUAUGACGGAGCAAGUAAUAUGCAGGAUGAAUACAAUGGUCUAAAAAGCUUGAUUUUAAAAGAGAAUUAUUCUGCAUUUUUUAUUCAUUGUUUUGCCCAUCAAUUCCAAUUAGCUCUUGUGACAUUGGCAAAAAAACAUUCUAAAAUUGCUUUAUUUUUUAAUUUGGUUGCUAAUUUGUAUAAUGUUGUUGGAGCAUCAUGUAAGCGCAGAUAUAUUCUUCGUGAAAGUCAAGCUACAAAGGUGAAACAAGCAUUGGAACAUGGAGAAAUAUCUAGUGGGCGUGGCUUGAAUCAAGAAAUGACAAUUAAGAAGGCGAGUGAAAUAAGAUGGAGCUCAAAUUAUGGUACAUUACUUAGUAUAGUUUCUCUAUUCUCUUCUAUGAUUGAUGUGCUAGAAAUGGUUAAGGAAUAUGGAACAGAUUUAGAUAAAAAAGAUGUAUGCUCUGACAGUGAAUUUUCAGAAUUAGAGGGGAUUAGUGAUCUUUCUAUCAAGCUUGUAGAGACCAAAAAACAUGUUGUGUACCCGUUGGUAUAUUUGCUUUUAAAGUUAUCUAUGAUAUUACUUGUGACAACUACAACAGUUGAAAUAACUUUCUCUGCUAUAAAUAUUAUCAAGAAUCGAAUGCGAAAUCGCAUGGGUGAUGAUUGGUUAAAUGAUUGCUUAGUUACUUACAUUGAGAUAGAUAUUUUUGUUGAUGUUGAAAUGAGAAAAUCAUUCAACAUUUUCAGAACAUGA